CUGUGUCGGCUCGGUCAUGUGAUCAGCUGUGUCCAAUCAUAGCUGAUCACUGAUGAUCAGUGUGCCCUGAUGAUUAGCGUGGCCCCAGAAGUGCCACCUGUCAGUGCUCAUCAGUGCCAGUGCCCAUCAGUGCCACGUGCCAGUGCCCAUCAGUGCCACAUCAAUGCCACAUAUCAGUGCCUACCAGUGCACAUCAAUGCCACAUAUCAGUGCCCAUCUGAGCUGCCUUUUAAUGUCACCCAUCAUUGCCAGUCAGUGCCACCUAUCAAUGCCAACCAGUGCCACCUAUCAGUGCUGCCAAUCAGUGCCACCUAUCAGUGCCAGUCAGUGCCGCCUAUC